AAGCAUCCUGUGCACUGACUGAAGCUCCCACAGCCGGCCUGGCGCUCCAGUGAACAUCACCAAUCUUACCGAACUUAGCUAAUAUUUAAAAAUAUAUGUAUAUUUUAGUAAUUAUAAACUAAGAUAAUGUAUUGUCUGGCAUUAGUAGGAAUUAUUUUAGGUUCAGUAUCCUAUGUGAUAUGUAGAUGCACUGUCUCGCCGCUAAGGACCGAGUUUUCAAAACUAGGCAACAGAAGACAGUAUUGUGUACACAACAUAACCAACGGCAACAACACAGUACCCGUGGAGAUUCUGAUUGGUUCCCAGUUCCAGACCGCGGAGUGCGUGCGCUGUAAGUGCACCACCAUGGGGAUGAGUUGUUGUGGGUUUGGUGUUGCUGAUGAUGCUGCCCUACAUGUCCCGCCAGGUUGCGCCGCUGUGGCGGACGGUUGCGAAGUUGUUCUCGUAUCGUUACAGGACAUGCUCACUGACUGUUACAUUAAGAGCCCCAUGGCAUAUGAAAAACAGCGACAGAUGAAGGACCAACGAAUGUUGUUAAACUAUUUCUCCCGCAACAAUCCCCGUGCCAUGGAAAUUCUCCAAAGCCCUGAAUUCAACAGGCCACCCCGGCGGCGCAUGAACAGUCGCAGGGGUGCUGGAGGGUCAGCAGGGGCUGCGGAAGGGGGUCAAGAAGCCCCACCCAUGAUCACUGAUGCGCAUCUAGACGCCAUGAUGAUUUCAGCAAUGUUAGGCAGGCCUAGACUUGGUGGCUUCCGGAUGAUGGACAUUAUGAGUGCAUUGAUGGCCUAACAUCCAUUGGCACAAAAUAUCAAUGCAUUUUCUUCCAUUUGAAGUGAAAUUUUACAUAUUAUAAACAAUGAAAAGACUUCAUUCUGUAUUUGUCGACUGAGUAUAAUUUCAUCAGCUUAUUGUGAUCACAAUGGGUAUGCAAUGCUUUGUAGCUAUAUGUAGGUAUCGAAAUUAUUUCACACGCAAGUCGAUUUUUUUCAUUUAUAUUUUCACGGGUGUGAAUCAACUACAAAGCAUUGAAUGUUCUGUUUAUCACGUGUUCUGUGGUUUUAGAACAUGUUUAUUUCAAAACUUAAGGACGUAUAGUGUAACACAACAUGACGUCACAAUCAUUUGUUAUUCAACGGUUAACUUAAUGGUAUUUUAUUAAGAAAAUGCAAUAAAUACAUUUACUUCUAGCACAAA